CGGCUCUCGGCUUGGGAGCGCCGGCACUGGUGAGCGGUGGAGCCCGCCUAGCGGCCAUGGACCGGUUCCUGUGGACCAGCGGCCUCCUGGAGAUCAACGAGACCCUGGUGAUCCAGCAGCGCGGGGUGCGCAUCUACGACGGCGAGGAGAAGAUAAAAUUUGAUGCCGGGACCCUCCUUCUUAGUACACACCGACUGAUUUGGAGAGAUCAGAAAAAUCAUGAAUGCUGCAUGGCCAUUCCUCUUUCUCAAAUUGUGUUCAUUGAAGAACAGGCGGCUGGAAUUGGGAAAAGUGCCAAAAUAGUGGUUCAUCUUCACCCAGCUCCUCCUAACAAAGAACCUGGUCCAUUCCAGAGUAGUAAGAAUUCCUACGUCAAACUUUCUUUCAAAGAACAUGGCCAGAUUGAGUUUUACAGGCGUUUAUCAGAGGAAAUGACACAGAGAAGAUGGGAGAACAUGCCAGUUUCCCAGUCAUUACAAAUGAAUCGAGGACCCCAGCCAGGAAGAAUAAGGGCUGUAGGAAUUGUAGGUAUUGAAAGGAAACUGGAAGAAAAAAGAAAAGAAACUGACAAAAACAUUUCUGAGGCCUUUGAGGACCUAAGCAAACUCAUGAUCAAGGCUAAGGAAAUGGUGGAGUUAUCAAAAUCAAUUGCCAGUAAAAUUAAAGACAAACAAGGUGACAUCACCGAAGAUGAGACAAUCAGGUUUAAAUCCUACUUGCUGAGCAUGGGAAUCGCUAACCCGGUUACCAGGGAAACCUAUGGCUCAGGCACACAGUACCACAUGCAGCUGGCCAAACAGCUGGUUGGAAUAUUGCAGGUGCCUUUAGAGGAACGAGGGGGAAUAAUGUCACUUACGGAGGUGUACUGUUUAGUAAACCGCGCUCGAGGAAUGGAAUUGCUCUCACCAGAAGAUUUAGUAAAUGCAUGCAAGAUGCUGGAUGCGCUGAAAUUACCUCUCAGGCUCCGAGUCUUUGACAGUGGCGUCAUGGUGAUUGAGCUUCAGUCCCACAAGGAAGAGGAAAUGCUGGCCUCGGCCCUGGAGACGGUUUCAGAAAAAGGAUCCUUAACAUCAGAAGAGUUUGCCAAGCUUGUGGGAAUGUCUGUCCUUCUUGCCAAAGAAAGGUUGCUUCUUGCAGAGAAGAUGGGCCAUCUUUGCCGAGACGACUCAGUGGAAGGGUUGCGGUUUUAUCCAAAUUUAUUUAUGACACAGAACUAAGGGCUUUGUAUUUGGAAUACUUGUUUCCAUAUACUUACAUCAUGUAGAGGUUGUGUGACAUUGAGCUAAGAGUUGAACCCUGAUAAACUGAGAAUUUAUUGGAACUUUGCUGUAUAAUAUAAAACUCUUUUAAUAUCUUCCUAAAUAUUAUGGUCCAGGAAGCUUAUUUAGGAUAUAUAUAGAAAAACACAGAAAAAUGGAUGGCAGUGUGAAUUUAAAAUCAUGUUGUUUAAAACCCAUGUUUAACUUGAGAUGUGGUGAAUUUUAACUUGAUCCUCAAAUCUAACCAUUUUCAAAGAAGGGAAUUUAGUUCAUGGGGGAAGAAAAAAGAGAAGCUGCAUGUUUGGACAGGUUAGAUAAUUAUUUUAGUGUGACUAAAAUUCCAUGAAUUAUAGAUGAAGUUUUUCUGUGUCUAGUGUUGCCAUUUGGCAGUCUUCAUGAAGCGCAAGUCCUGUCUGCAGUGCAGUUUUAAGAACACUGGAACAAAAUGUCAGUCUUGAUAAUGUGGCACCAGGCUCCUCCUAAGGGUUUUUAGAAGCAGUCACAGGCAGGUCUUCAACAGACCAAGUAAAGCACCGUUUAAGAGGAGAGAAUUUUAUUUGAUUUAUGUGUGUAUAAUAUGACUGACUUCUUUUUUGUAAAGAGGUGAUUUCAUGGCUAGCAUUUAAAGAAUGCAACUAUGUCAUUUUGUUUCAAAAAUGCUGUGGGCUUUGAACCUGAAUUAAAGAGCUGUAUAGACAUGCCCAGAGACAGGAUUACAAAUUUGAGAGGUAGACAACCCGGGCAUUCUCUAGGCUUAUUGUGUAGGUGGUGGGGCAGGGGAACCUAGUGCUCUUUAACCUGGAAGCUGAGGAUGAGAAAAUAGAAAGUGAAAAAGUAGUAUGUCUCCUUUUUCUUCUUAAAGGAGUUUCACCACUGAACUUUUAAAAAUCUAUCAUGCUGACUAUAUUUUUCUUUUGUUCUUUGCCUUACACAUUAUAAGUUGUAUAGAGAAGCUAUCUUGAUAAAAAAGUAUUACAGAGAUAACAAAAACUGGCUAAUACUGAAUUUAGAUGGCUUGAGUUUUAAAGUAGACAUCAUAUGUUACAGCUAUACAGCACGUUGUAUGUCAGCAUACCUCAAACUCAGGGACCCCUUUAGGACAGAAGGAAGGCUCCCUUUUUGAGACCGAGUUGGAAGUGGAAGCGUAGUGAUGGUUCUUAGUUUUGUCCAAGCCUCCAGAAGGGUGGCAUGGGUAGUUAUGCAAUAUGAAUAGUACCUGUAUUGAACCGUUCGGGCUCGGAAGAGAGACAUCCAGGUUCACACUCUGGAAUUCCUAAGUGAGGUGGAAGUCCACCACCAGAGGCUGCUACAAACACCCUUUUGGAAAGUUCCAGGGAUCCUCAGCUGCAGACCCGGGGAGUCCCUCCCAGUGCACCCAAGAUCCUUACCUGAAAAGUGACUGUCGCCGUUUCACGUCUUCCGGUGUCAGCAGGAAUGUUGUGGCCGUAGCAUUCUGCUGUAGGCUUAGUUUGUCAGACCUGUGACUGAUUCUUCAUCGUGGUGACAGAUACUCUGAUUCCCCCCAAGGCACAGCCUCAAGUUUGUUUUGGGGCAAUUCAGUGUCUGCCCGUGCAAGGCUUAGGUAGCCUAUUGUGUAAGCUUGUGGUGUAUGUCAGUCCUUUCUCUGGGCAUUGCUUGCUGUCUCUCUCUCUCUCUUUCACACGCACACUCACACGCACACACGCGCACAGUAUCUCAUCAGGCUCAGGUGUUUAAAAGUUACAAAGAUAAAUUAUAAUCUGUUUUACCAGUUGUAAUGAAUUGCAAGUAAAGUUGUUUGAGCUACUGGAUCUAGUUCUAUUGGUUUGGAUUUGUUAUAGCAAAUCCACGUAAUUCAACAUGUUUAUGUAUUUAUUUAGUGUGGCACCAGAUUAACAAAAAUGAUGCAAUCAUAAUUGUAUAAAGUGAACUAAAGAAGAAAAGUGACAUGAAUGUUUUGCAGAUGUCACAUUAAUUAAAAAAAAAAAACCUAGUAUGAUUGAGUUUAUUAUUUUAGUUUGAAAAUGGGCAUUCUUCACUGUUUCCAGAGCUCUGUAUGUAUUUUUAGGCACCCCCCCCCCCAAUAAGAUGAUAUUUUGGUCCUUCUGUUGAUAGAGGCUAUGUUUAAGUAUAACCAAUCAGGCCCUAAGUGCAAAAAAAGUUCUGUUUUGGUGCUUAUCAUUGGUAUAAUUAUUAUUUUUGCUUUCAAGCACAUAAAUCUGUUUCUAGCUUUAUGAUAAUGGAAUAUUUCUAGUCACUUAUUGACAAGAAAAAUUUUUUUACAUUGUGUAAGAUUGUUUUCAGGGUUAAAUGAUUGAUAUUCAUAUAUAUAUUAAACUUAUUGCAAAAUUAAAUGAUUUUUCUUGAUGUUCUUUUAAAUAUUCUUUUAAAAAUAUGUGAAAAUGAUAAACCUCAAAGUCAGAAUAAACCAGUAUGUUAAGGGUUUUUUUUAAGACUUUAUUAUCAAGAAUUGAUUUAUAAAUAUAUUUAUGACAUCAAGCUCUUACUAUUUUAGUUAUCUGAAAGGAAUGGGAGGUGGCUUGUGAACCACUUUUUAAAUUCUCAAUGUCAAUUUCACUGUUGAUUGACCAUGUGUGACCAUUUGUGUGACUGUGCUCUCUUAUUCCCUGUUUGUUGCCAGACUGAUCCAAUCAGAGCUUGGAUUCAUCAUUCGCAUGCUCAGAUACUUAGUUUGGUUCUCCUUUGCCCAACAACCUCAGUCUUCAUUUUAGUAUAGUGCAGUCACAACUUGCAAUGUGGUUAGGUUGUAAGGACUGUGCCAAAGGACAAAAUCAAGUACAUGCUCAAAAUUAUCCUUGAAGAGCUCUUAAAUUGCCAGUGAAGUUCAAUAUACAUGGUCUUGUGAUUAUAUCCUUUAUAGACCGAUAUGUGGGUAUGUGGGUAUGAAUAUAGCAAGUACAACAUAUAAUGAAAACUGUGUAUCAACAGUAGAAUUUUAUAGCAUUAAUAAACUAUUUAAAUAAUUACACAA